CCAGACCGGAACUGUCAGCGGUUCGUUGCGUCUGGCUUUGCUCGGAUUUCACAGGGAGCGCGGACUCCGAGCCCGAGGGAGCCGAGGUUUUGUGGAAAUUCGAGGACAUGCGGCGUCUUCUACAAACUUUACUCAAACUAAACUUUCUCCGAGUCGAAGGAAAAGCCGAGCUGUGAGGAAUGAACUGAAGCGGAGCGGGGCGGGAGAAGAGCCGUUCACUCCCAUCGAUCCUAUAUCGAGAGCCCUGCAGUUCUCCUGUGGUAAAGAUGCAGGCUGCUGCCGCCGCUCUGGCUUUGACUGUGCUGCUCACCGUCGUCAGCCUGGAUGGCCUGUGUGCCCACCGGUCCAAACCAAACCAGACACAGCACCACAGUGACGGUAACACUCAGAAGGAUGAGACAGAACCGAAGCAGAAGAACCCGCCACACAUCAUAUUCAUCCUCAUAGACGACCAGGGCUUCAACGACAUUGGCUACCACAACCCGACCAUCAAGACACCCACUCUGGACAAACUGGCGGCCGAGGGCGUGAGGCUUGAGAACUACUACGUCCAGCCAAUCUGCACACCCUCACGCAGCCAGCUCAUCACUGGCAGGUAUCAGAUCCACACAGGCCUACAGCACUCCAUUAUCAGACCCAGCCAGCCGAGCUGUCUGCCUUCACACAUGGACACGCUGCCUGAGAGGCUGCAUGAGGCCGGCUACAGGACACACAUGGUCGGGAAGUGGCACCUCGGCUUCUACAGGAAAGCGUGCCUGCCCACCAGAAAAGGUUUUGACAGUUUCUUUGGCUCUUUAACAGGAAGUGUGGACUACUACAGUUACGGUUCCUGUGACGGUCCAGGGUUGUGUGGGUACGAUCUCCAUGAUGAUGAGGAUGUAGCAUGGGGCCAGGAAGGAAAAUAUUCCACCAUGCUUUUUACACAAAGAGCUCGCAAAAUCCUCGAGAGCCACAGCCCCACAGAAAGGCCACUCUUCCUGCUGCUCUCCCUCCAGGCUGUGCACACUCCUCUGCAGACUCCAAAAUCCUACAUCUACCCCUACCACGCCAUGGGUAACAUCGCCAGGCGAAAGUUUGCCGCCAUGGUUUCCACAGUGGACGAGGCGGUCCGUAAUGUCACCUACGCACUCAGAAAGUAUGGAUACUACAAAAACAGUGUUAUCAUCUACUCGACUGACAACGGCGCCCAACCAUUUACUGGAGGCAGCAACUGGCCGCUACGAGGCCGUAAGGGUACAUACUGGGAAGGCGGAAUGCGUGGCGUCGCGUUUGUGCACAGCCCUCUGCUGAGACGUAGGCGACGGGUCUCCAAAGCUCUUCUCCACAUCACUGACUGGUUCCCCACAUUGGUGGGCCUGGCAGGGGGAAACAUCAGCCAGAGCCAAGGCCUGGAUGGUUUCGAUGUUUGGCCCACCAUCAGUGAGGGGAAGGAGUCACCACGUCAGGAGAUCCUUCACAACAUCGACCCUUUGCACAAAGCGCCUGAUCCGAAGUCAGCGUUCAAAAUAAACACCACCAAGAAGCCUCAGACAGUUUCCCAUCAUGCUGCAAAACCUAAACCCAGGGCUCUCCUGAAAUCAAAGUCCAUACUUAAACCCAAGCCCAAAGCCUACUCUCAGCACCAGUCCAAUUUCAGGCCCCAUCUAAAGACCCACUCCAACGGUGCUCCAUCAGGAUCAGGAACAUCCCGUCCCAGAUCUCAGCCUCGGGUGCAGACACGUUUAAGGUCAAAAUCCAGGAAGACCAUAUCGCAGAAGAAGAACUUGUCAGGGUCAAGACCAACUCAGCCAAAAUCUAAGAGGUUGCUGAAACUUCAUGCCAAGUCAAAGUCCAGGAGGAUGUUAUUCCAGUACCAGAACACAUCCCAGCCCAAAUCCCAUCCGGCACCCAGGCUUAGGCUCCAGUCAUCCCAGCCAGUGUGGGACACAUCAGUCCAGGCUGCCAUCAGAGUUGGAGACUGGAAGCUGUUAACAGGAGACCCAGGCCAUGGGGACUGGGUCCCCCAACAGGUACUUCCCACACUCCCCGGUCGCUGGUGGAACCUUGAACGCAGCUUCUCAUCGUUCCCCAAAUCCUCCAUGGGCAAAAACAUCUGGCUGUUCAACAUCACAGGCGACCCGUACGAACGGCAGAACCUGGCAGACCACAGGCCCGAUGUGGUCCAACAGCUGCUGGCCCGGCUUGCCUACUACAACCAAACAGCCGUGCCAGUUUACUUUCCACCAGAUGACCCGCAAGCCAACCCCAGUCGGCACGGUGGAGCCUGGGUGCCCUGGGUGGAUGAAGAGGAAGACGAGGAGGGAAAAUAUCACGGAGUGUACAAGAAGAGUAAGAACAGUAAGAAGAAGAGGAAGAAGACGAAGUGCCGGUUGUGCAAGCUGAAGUCGUUCUUUCUUAAACUGAACACCGGGAUGAUGUCCAAUCGGAUCUGAGGCAUCGAGUCAGCCAGGUGAACGUUUAAAGCUGAGAUGAGUAUCUGGAUGUUGCAUGUUCAGUUGCUUAAACCAGUGUAACAAAUCAGAUGAGUUAAUUCCACUACACUUAGUUGAAGUUAAAGUUUAAAAAACUUUCUUAAAUAUGUCUAUUCACUGGCUUCACCUACUUGUUUCUCUAACAAUCUGUUGAAGCUGUUGAUUUUUUUUUUUUUUUUACCGUUUCAAAAACACAAAUUUGUCUUUUACAUCAUGAAAUUUACAUUCUUAGUUCUCAAAGGUUGUGGUUGCUGUUAGUUUUCAGCACUGCCACAUGGUUUAUUGUGAUUUCAUCGUGUCAGCUGUUUCUUUUGUUAUUUAUUCCAUUUCAUUUUUACCACUCACAAACUGACAGAGGUCUCAACACAGGGGCUGACGCUCUGUGGUAGUAAAGCGUAUUUUGACACUGUAUAUGAUUUACCUAUGUUAAACCUUAAGAUGCUCUAUGUAAAGUCAUGUAAACAGGUUUUAAAGUAUGUUUACACAAACAGUUUCUAACUUAGAAAUCCAAAAUCAGGGUUUUUAAGCAGAUGUUUACUUAGUGCAGUGCAUGAUUAUAAUAUACAUAUAAUAUACAUUAUAUGUAUAUUAUUCAGUACAGUUGGGGGUGUGUCCACAUUUUUGACUGCUAGUGUUUAUUAUAUAUAUUUACUGUCAUAUCACUUUGUUUUUCUUUGUCUACCCGAAUCACAAAGACAUGACUUUUUUAAAAUAUUUUCACAUUUUUAGCUCCAUGUCCCUGUGAUUUUAGAUGUACGUUUGUUAAUUUGUUUGUUUUCACAUAUUUGUUAUGUGUUGGUUUUCUUUACAUAUUACUACGACUGAAACAGGCUUUUGGAUACUGUAUGUUUGAAUGUAUACCCAGUGGAGAGAGUGCUUCGGCUCUCAACUUAAAAUAUUGUGUCUGUGAUUUACUGCAUCCUACUGUGAACAGCACAAAGUAGCCACCUUCUCCCAGCUGAUGUAAAUGUCACAGUGACGCUAAUGCUAGUUAAAGCACAUGUAUUCAGAAAACAGAUAGGAGGAAGUAACAGUGCUAUAGCAAGCGUUGUACCACCAUAGGCAACAUUUUUAUAUUCCUCCUUUGAGCAGUACACAAAACCUCUAUAUAUUUCAGUGUAUUUGCUCAGUAACCAACAAACCACAGCGUGAGUCUGGAACAGGGUGCUCAUGAAAAACAGCUUAAAUGGAAGCUUGAUUUGUCCACCCUGAGUAAAUAAAGGUUAAGUAAAAUGAAUGGAGACUCUGUCCUUUUAUUUUACAUGUACUGCAGUACUCAAAACAUUUACUUAAGUAAAAGUACCAGUGCAACACUGUAGAUGAAGUAAAAAAUGACAAGUCUUAUGUUCAAGAUCCUAUUUAAGUAAAGGUGCAAAAGUAUUAUCAAGAAAAGUAUCAAAAGUAAAAGUAACGAGGCCCCGUGACUCAUAAAUUACAAUAUAUUAAGUUAUCAGAUGCAGUUAAAUGGAGCUGGUGAAGGUGCGGCUAGUUUUAGUUACUUCAAACAGCAGCAGUUCUCCACAUGUGGAACCUCUGGAAUAAAGAUAAAUCUGGGAUCUUGAGAUGUUUUCUUUUUUAAACUUUUUUUUCUAAUCUUUGCUUUUUUGAAAUGCUGAACAUUUAUGCCACUUCUGACUUCAGACAGUAACUUAAAUGAAACCAUAUGAACAGUUCAGAGGGGAAAUGUCUCUCUGGUGGAACA